UAUACUCAACAAUAAAUUGAUUUUUAAGUAAUGAACUUAUAAAUUAUUGUAACCAUUGUACUUAUAUCAAAUAAAAGCUCUAUUUAACCGCCCUACCGUUAACAUCGCAACUACAGUAUGCUUUCAAUUUUAGAAAACAUGUAUGGGAUAUUUUUUAUUGCAUUCUUCAUUCCAAUCUAUGCUAUGAAAGACGAAACAAAUGAGUAUAAUUUUAAGUUACUUCAUCAAUGGCACCGCGUCGAAUUUCAAUAUCCAAGCGAAGCUGAACGUACUCAAGCAAUCAAGAAUGGCAGUUAUGCAAUUGAUAUACUUCGGCCUCUAGAUGCACAGUACACAUAUCAUUUAAAGACACAACAAGACCGAUAUUUCAUAACAGUCCCGAGAAGGCAACUUAAGGGAACGCCAGCUACUUUGGGGGUGAUUAAUACUACAGAACAAGGUCGCCAUGAGACUCAUGUAAUGGACCCUUAUCCGUCAUGGUCAUGGCAUAUGGACAUUGAAAAGUGUAAUUACCACAGGAUUGUCAAUAUUUAUAGGAUUUGGGCAGAUGAAUGUUCCAGACUCUGGGUAAUGGACAACGCCAAAAUAAAUGACGAGUUUAUUUGCCCACCUCAAAUUUUAGUUUUUGACCUGGAGGAGGAUACCCUGUUAUUUAAAUACGAGCUGCCAUACGACCAAUACCAAAACGUAUCAUAUUAUGUAACGCCAAUAGCAGAAGUCGAAAGUAUGGAGGAUAACUGUAAGAAAACUUGGCUGUAUGUGGCUGAUCCUACCGGACCGAGAUUACUCGUAUACAAUCUGGAGAAGAACAUUUCAUGGACGAUCCAGGAUGAAAGUUUCAAGCCGGAUCCUAAUUACGACAAUUAUACUAUUGAAGGUGACAGUUUUCAAAUAGCAGAUGGUAUCUUAUCGUUAGCCCUCAGCCCAAAAUCCGACCCUCCUGGAGAGAGGAAACUGUUUUACCAUGCAAUGUCCAACAUACGAGAAUCAUGGGUCUAUUUGAAGUAUCUAAAAAAUCCGGAUAAUUUUAAGGAGCCUUACGGUUCCCCCGAGUUGUUUUACACUUAUCCCACAACAAGGGAUCAGCAAAGUCCCGUGGAAGCAAUUGAUUCUAAGGGAAUAGUAUAUUUCGCGUUGUUGAUUGAUGUGCUCUUAGUUAAAUGGGACCCAACUACAGCAUAUACAACAGAAAAUUUUGUAGUGAUUGGCAACAACAAAACUACCAUGCAGUUCCCUACUUGUAUUAAAGUAAUGCAUAAUAGACCCAAUGGUUCCGAGUAUCUACUUGUCUUCCCCACAUCCUACCAAAAAUAUCCAAAACCCCUAGAUAAAGACAAAGUUAAUUUUUGGCUAUUUCGCACAGAAUUGUAAUUUUUUUUAUGAAAUAAAGUAAUUUUUGAGUAA